AUGAAAGUCCUCCACGUCAUUUCUGCUGCAUUGACUCUUGCAGUUGUUUCUGUGGGAACAAAUAGUACUGCGUCUCCCACUAUCAUACGCACUGCAUACACCACCUACUGCCCAGAGCCUACAAAAUUUGCUGUGGGAAAUGUUACGUACACAGUCACCAAGCCGACUACCUUGACAAUCACAAACUGUCCUUGCACCCUGACCAAGACUGGCAUAACCAGUCUGAACACAACAACUCCGUCGCCGCCUCAAACCAAAAGGCCUGCUACUCCAUCUCUAGUUUCUCUUCACACCAACACUACUCGUCCCUCUGCUCAGUCCACGAAAGCUAUUCCCAGGCCGACGACUUCGAAACCACCUGUCACUGCCGCGGCUCAAAAACAAUACCCUGGUCUCGGUGUUGUUGCUAUGGCCGGACUUGCUGCCAUGCUUUUCUGA